UUCAUCGCAGCCCUCAGCUAAAAAAGAGAGCCGAGCCCGACACCAAGCUGGAGUUUUGCAUGAAAAGUACCGAGCUUGUAGCUAAAAUACAGGAAUUUAUCAUCACGUAAAAUUCAAGAUUAGCAUUUUUGCCAAGUCGUCGAGCCAAUGAGAUAAGCUGUCAGGUGACGUCACCGCAGAAACAAAGAGAAAUAACACACCAAAAACCCGGCUAACAAAGAGGUCCUUUUUUCAGCGACAACAUUUUUCCUCCAUAUUCUAUAGUUAUGAGUCAUGUGGCCGUCGAAAAUGUCCACGGGCUAGAGCAGCAGCUCGCUGUCCUAGACUUGAGUGCGGCAGACGGACAAGGUGGAGGCCCAAACCGAAAUGCCUUUGCUCCAGGUCGACAGGGUGGCUACACUAUAGCGCCCGCAGCCAACUAUGGUUGGGAUGGAGGGCGUAACAACUUUGUUAAUGGCUACCAUGACAACCGCAUGGCCGGCGGCAACACGUUUACCCGUGGCCCGCCUCGCAUGGAGCGGGGCAGAGGUGGCGUCGGAGGGGGUUACCGUGGCAACAGGGGCGGAGCCUUCAACCCCAUCAACCCGGUGCCUCAAAUGGCUUUUGGUGGCUACGAAAAUAAAGAUGCAGGCGGCUGGAAUACCACCAAAGACGCCUAUGGCAGUUUUGGCAACAACCGUGGGAAGUCUGCUUUCUUCAAUGACAGAGGCAACGCUAACAGAGGGAGGUUUGAUCAUGGCGGAUUUGGUGGUGGCGGUGGUGGUGGAGGAGGAGGAGGAAACAGCCGCUGGGUGGAGGAGCCCAGAGAGGAGGGAGACUGGUCCAAACCAACACCACGUAACGAACGCCUUGAACAUGAAUUGUUCUCCGCCAGUAACACUGGGAUAAACUUUGAGAAGUACGAUGACAUUCCCGUUGAGGCCACAGGACAGAACUGCCCUCACCACAUCGAGAGUUUCCAGGAUGUGGACAUGGGUGAGAUUGUCAUGGGUAACAUUGCUCUGUGUCGGUACACCAGACCGACUCCAGUCCAGAAAUAUGCCAUUCCUAUUGUCAAAUCAAAGCGAGACCUCAUGGCCUGCGCACAGACAGGUUCCGGGAAGACUGCAGCGUUCCUGCUGCCGAUUCUCAGCCAGAUUUACAACGAUGGACCAGGAGAAGCUCUCAACGCAGCUAAAGCAUCUGGACAGGAUAAUGGAAAGUAUGGCCGUCGUAAGCACUACCCCAUCUCACUGGUGUUGGCUCCAACCAGAGAGCUGGCACUGCAGAUCUAUGAUGAAGCCCGGAAGUUUUCUUACCGCUCCAGAGUGCGUCCCUGUGUGGUGUACGGAGGAGCAGACAUUGGCCAGCAGAUAAGAGAUCUGGAGAGAGGAUGCCACCUGCUCGUGGCCACACCUGGACGACUGGUGGACAUGAUGGAGAGGGGCAAGAUUGGACUGGACUUCUGCAACUACCUGGUCCUGGAUGAGGCAGAUCGUAUGUUGGACAUGGGAUUCGAACCACAGAUUAGACGCAUCGUUGAGCAGGACACCAUGCCGCACAAAGGCAUCCGACAGACCAUGAUGUUCAGCGCAACCUUCCCCAAAGAGAUCCAGAUCCUGGCCAGGGAUUUCCUGGAGGAGUACAUCUUCCUGGCAGUGGGCAGAGUGGGUUCCACCUCAGAGAACAUCACCCAGAAGGUUGUGUGGGUGGAGGAGAGCGAUAAGAGGUCUUUCCUCUUGGACCUGCUCAGCGCUACAGGAAAGGACUCGUUGACUCUGGUGUUUGUGGAGACCAAGAAAGGUGCCGACGCCUUGGAGGACUUCCUGUAUCGGGAGGGCUACGCCUGCACCAGUAUCCACGGCGACCGCUCCCAGAGAGACCGAGAGGAGGCCCUGAGCCAGUUCAGAUCAGGAAAAUGCCCCAUUCUGGUGGCCACAGCGGUAGCAGCUCGCGGUCUGGACAUCUCCAAUGUGAAACAUGUGAUCAACUUUGACCUGCCCAGCGACAUAGAGGAGUAUGUCCACCGUAUCGGACGUACAGGACGAGUCGGAAACCUGGGAUUGGCCACAUCGUUCUUCAACGAUAAGAAUGGGAACAUCACUAAAGACCUGCUGGACAUCCUGGUAGAGGCCAAACAGGAAGUGCCCUCAUGGCUCGAGAGCCUGGCCUAUGAACACCAGCAUAAGAGCACCAACAGAGGACGCUCUAAGAGGUUCUCUGGAGGUUUUGGAGCUCGUGAUUACCGUCAGACGGCCGCCGGAGGCACCGCUGGAGGGUUCGGAGGACGUGGAGGUCGCAACCAGGCAGCACAUGGAGGAACCCGCGGGUUUGGAGGAGGUGGCUUCGGUAACUUCUAUACCAGCGACGGCUACGGAGGAAACUACUCACACUCUCAAGUCGACUGGUGGGGCAACUAGGUUCCUCCUCCUCUCUUUACUCAUCCCCCUCUCUUCUUCUCACUCAUCCUCCUUCCUUUCUCCACACUGUUGUCUGCACCCCAUCCACCUUCUCCCCUUCAUUAACCCCAGGAACCCACGUGCAUGUUAUUAAACUAUUUAUACUCAUUUAUAUAGCCCUCUUUCCAUCCCUAAGCACUCAGAUCUUUUUAAUUCUAUUCCUUUUCUCGUUCUCUCCAUCUCCACCUUUGUCUUUAUGUCCCCCAUCUUUUUCUUCUAAUUUCUGGUAAAUGUCACCUCUUACAAUAGGCCACAUUCUAAAGGGAUCCUUCAGUUUUAGUUGGUUUCUUUUCAGCAGCAGCUAGCUACCAGCUAGCGACAUCCUUUAGUGUCAGUGAAGACAUUUUGAGCUAUUUUCCCUCUGUGGCAAGUGCUUGAAGAAAAAUAACCAAUUGACUUAAAGUUGUAGGUGUUCCUUUAACCCCCUAAGAUUAGAUGGACAUUUAAUAUUUACAGUGAGGUAGUUCUCCAAAACAGCUUGAAGAGCAGGGGGAAAUCUGUUUUUUUCACUUUAGAUUUGAGUUUUGGCUUCAUGUGUUUUUGUCUGCAUUCACCCAAAGCCAGCCAGGCGUCCUGUGUACCUUCACACGUCAUCUUUGUAUGUAACGCAUGGCCAUGUUGUAAAUCGCCAGGCCAAAAACUUUUCUAAAAUAUAAAGCAGAGAUAGGCAAGAUGUCAAAUCUGAGCAAAACAUGUCUGCAUAUAAAUUCCAAAACAGGAACUGGCUGAAGUCUCCUUCACUCACAUGAUAGAUACUUAAAAGAAGUCACAGAAAAUAGAAAAAUGUUUUAGUUUUUUUCACCUUUUUAAAACGUAAUGAAUUCUUGAUUUCCUGAGAUCAGAGAAGGAUGUUUAACAGAGACAAGGGAAGAAGGGACAAGGGGCUGGACAAACUGAGACACCCAGCCAGUGGGACGCCAGCACACGUUGUUGCCCAUUAGCAACGAUGCUAGCAAAAAGCAUUUUCUUUGUUUGAAACAAAACAUAAUGGAGGAUCAUUUGUUUCUGUACUGUGCCUUUAAGAAUUUGAACUUUGUCUCUUAUUUCCGUUGUUUUAAUUGCCAUAAUAGGUAAGUGGCUACAAGUAUUGGCCAACUGUGACUCAAAAAAAAUGUGUAUUUAAUGUCAUGUAUGGGUUUAAACAUGUUUUUCUUUAUUUAUAUUUGGAAGGAAACAAACUAGGCUUGAACUAAAUCAAACCUUGGCAAAAAAAAAACUAAACAAAAACCGCGAUGAGGAAGCUCAAAACAAUUCCUUAUCUGUCUAUUGGAGUUCAAAUUUGUCAGAAGGUCUCUGAUGAGUUGAUUCCCAAAAGCAAAUGACCACUGUAACCAUAUUUAUAGAUUCCUUUUGAUAUUCCCUCAUUCAGAGUGACUAAAAUGGGUCCAAGACAAGACAUUACAUUUGUCUUAUUCAAGAAAAGAAGACUUCUUUGCUUUGCUAUCCGGUGAGCAGAGAUAACAACAGUGGUUUUAUGCUUUUGGGAAACGGAGUCCUACUUAUUGACCUCUAUGUCACAUCUACAGCUCUGGUUUGAGCUUGAGUUUGAGUUUCUCAAAGGCAUCUUGUCACUAAUUAUUGGGUCUUAUUACGUCAGUUACAGAGCGACGGAGAGAGAAUUUGGCCUCGUUGUGCAGCAGCAGUCAUGUUUGGUUACUUCUCUUACCGUUCAGACGUGGUCGUAAUUAAGAGCCACCCUGAAGUCAUUGUAAGCUUACAAUAACUGGUUAAACCGCUCUUUCGUCACUCUUUAACCUUAUACACGAGGCAGAAGUCUUCUGUACAAGUUAUUUAUGCUAUGAAAUAGGAAAGAGUAUUGUGACCACAUCCAGCAGUGAUGUGAGCAAUGCUGCAACAUUUUUUUUUGGGUGCUUUAAACUUUAAAACCACUACAUGGCUGCUGCUGAAAACAACAGUUAUUAAGUGUAACCUCUGGCUGUUCAGCUGACUCUUAGUGCCACCAUGCGUUUGGGAAACGUGCUCCGCUUCCACCACAAACAUUGAAACCCUUGUUUGCCAAAAGCUUCUUUCAAGGGGAUACACAACUAAAAAGGCUUAAAAGAGUUCAAAAAAUUUCUCGCUCACUCUAUCCUGGAGAGUUACAUGAAGAGUCUUCUCUAAAAUAAGUCAUUCCAGUUUAUUUGUUAGGUCCUUAAGAUCCGUUGAGGUCGGGGAUAAAAGAAAAAGAAAAAAAUGAUCUAGCCUAACUGUUUUCACAGCAAGGACUGCUGGGGCUCUCCAGAGGACAUAAUGCCACAUCUCCGUUCCACAUUUUAGCCACGUCCUGUCUUACUGUUAUACGAGCAGAUGUGAUCACAAAUCCAGCUGUGCCCAUAGAACUGGCAGAGAAAAGACAUUGCUCACUUGGAUCGUUUGUUAGAGGUUUGAGAUCUUCCCCAAACUCUGCUUGCACCUCUUGAUAAGUUCACUUUUGGCUACGUCUUUUUUUUAGUCCAAUUUAAGCACUUCUCUCUCUCUCACACCAAAUACGGCUUCUGCUUCAGAUUAUUCUCGCUAUUCAUUCAGCAGAUACAAGUCUGUGUGUCUAUGUGCGAUACAGCUGGUGUGAGUUAAAAAAGACAGCUAGCAGCGCAGCAUAGCACAGUAAGAUACAGGACGGAGGAAAUAUGCUAGUGGAAAAGUGGCACAACAGAGCUGAGAGGCUACAACAUGUGAUGUAUUGAAUGUCUUCGUGGUUAGCCCCACUCGGCCCUCGCUGUGGAAACGGACGUCCACGUUUCAUCCCUGAUUGAACUUUUAAAAGGAACGCCACUGUAUAUUUGAACAGCUCAGUGGUAGAGGUCCAAUCUCCCACUGUGUUAAUCAGCUGCAGAAUAAGCCAAAAAUCGCUCUGUUGCGAUCUGGUGGGGAAAAAUUGUUGAUUUCCAUCAGGGUCUUAAUUUGUUUUGUUUACAUGAAACAACUCUGGUGAAGUGAAAAUAUAGAUUAAAUGUAAAUAGUUGGACUCUUCUUAAAACAAAAAGAGAAGAAUCUCCAGUGAGAAAGAAUGUGAAUUACAAGUGAAACAACACUUGUUGUGUAGAAAAAUCACGUUUGAUCACUCGACGUUGGGCCAGGCGGUGUCUGGUUACCUCAGCUCAGUGGGCAAUUUGAACACGGUCAGCAGAUUAUUCUUUAGAAGUAUUAUUUACGGAAAUGUUUACACAAAUCUAAACCGAUAAUGGGAAUUAAUUUACCAAUUUGUUGUUCCCGAGGCGGAUUCCCUCAAAUUGCCCACUGGCUUUGACAAAUGACAAGGCUGGACCAAGACAAUAAAACAUAUGCAAGUGUUGUUGUUUUUUGGUCAAGGAGUUAAAAAAUGCCAAGCAAAUAGAUACAAUUCUACAGCAGGCUUUAGUUUUGUUACAACUCUGAUUUUAUUUUUUCCCGUCAUCUAUGAUUUAUUUUCGAACACUUCUUAAUCAGAGCUGGUGUUCAGGUCAGUGUAUUUCCCUCGAGUACAGUUGGUAGGGAGGUUCGAGAAACUAGUUGGCUUUUUACAUAAUUUGUUGAAGCGUUUCAGGCUGAGUAAUGCUGGAGGACUCAGGAUUCAAGCAGACAGUGCUAUGCUAUAUCUCACUAAACCUGGUUCUCCUUCUCCUGGUGUAAAAGAGGGGCCAAGUUUAACGGACAGUCGUCAUAGGAUGCAAUGUUAGAAACAAAAAGGAAACUCCACCAUGUCCAACUGCUCCCCCCAAAAACAGCAAAGCAGUGAAUAAGUUUGCAUUAUCUUUCUGCUACUUGUGGUUCAUGUGUUGUCGCUAUUGUUCAACUUGCAGUCAAAUUCAGGCUGAACUUCUAUGAGCACCAGUUAAAAACGGCGAUAGAAUAGUUUGAGGUGUCCCACUAGAUGGUUUUAGCACCUGUUAACCAAUCAGAGAGUUUAUCUGAGCUCGUGAUAUGAACACCACACUUUCAUUUCUGCUGCAGCUGGCGGUUAAAGGGAGCUGUUGCUGUUCAGUAAGAAGGAACAACCAGCAGGGAGAUAGAAAUCAGCAACAGGACAAUAAGUUGAAGAUAACAUUGCAUUUGACAAUCAGAUAUGAAGGAUUUUCUUAGUUUACAACUCACUUAACACAUCAACGUAACUCUUAAAGUAACAUUUUUUUAUUUUUUGGACUAGCCUUGGGAACACCUUAACAUGUAGAAGUUUUCUUAAUCAGCUGUGUUGUUGGCAGCUGUUUCUUAACUGUCAAAUUUUAAACCUCCAGCGUGUCUCCUCCGUCAUGGAGCAGACAGGUCUGCACAGGCAGACGAAUGCCAAGCUGAAGCUCAUGACCUUUACAGUUGAAUAUAUAAGCUCUCGGAUUUUGUUUUAAAAAAAAAAGAAGAAAAACAGAGUCCACCUUUAAAUAUUGACUGAAUGAUACAGUUUUAAUGCCAGACUGAAGAGUCAGCUGACACUGUCAUAUUCCCCGUGUGAGAGGAGAUGUUGUCAGCAUUUGUUACUUGAAUCCGUGGCUGUUGCCAACCAGAAACUUAGUACGUAGCUAGCGCAGUCUCUUGUGUUUUAGUAAUAAUGCUAAGUAUGCUGUUCUUGCUGCCUAAAUUCAAAGGUGUACUUUUUUAAAGGAAGGACAUAAAGUCAAUGAAUCUGGUUCAGUUUGUAGAUGUUGCGGUGCCUUCUAACAGCCACUAGGGGGCAGGUAGAAUAAAUGAAGGAACGACUGAGCAUUUCAUGUGCAGUGAUGGUAAGAUGUGAGGAACGGCUGAUAUGAUACAGACGUGAGCUGCUGCUGAUAGUGCAGAUGGGAAUUUGUGAAUUAUACGUAACGGUGACAUGGAAGGUAACACUUCAGUUUACCUCACUUUUCAUCUUUGUAGAAAAAAAUCUUGUCAAGUAGUGUUGUUCAGAGUACGCACAUAUAUAUGCAAUGUAUUUAGGUCUCUUUCUAAGGCCGACAGAUGACUUCUGUCAGCUGUAAUUACCAUUGAACUGUGUUUUGAGCAACACGUAACUACCACUGUGCCCCAGACCCCCAUCCCACCACCUCUGCAGUACGUGCAAUAGAUCAAUUACUUUGCUGUCACCCAGAUUCUCUGCAUGAGUUUUGUUAGGGCCGUUCGGAUUGGAGCAGAAACUGGCACAAGCGAAAAGCAGCCCAAAGUCUGAAGCGCUCACGGUGCCUUGAAGUGACUGAAUCACUGAUUGACUUUAGACUGAAACCUGCUGGUUAGGGCUGGGUAUUUUUUCAAUACAUUAACAGUUUAUGUGGUACAUCCUGUAUAGUCUCCAGCUGUUAGUCUUUGUUUAAGUUAUUUGUUACCCUCUGCAGUGAAUGAGCUUAAAUGUAACAUUUGUUUGGACCACCAGCUUUUUGAAUCAAAAGUAGAUGAUACUCUGAAAGAACCGCUCUCGUUUAGAAACUCUGCACUUUUCAUUUUUUGGCUUUUUAAAUAUUUUUAAAAACCUUCUUGAUGCCUUAAAUUCAAGGGUGAUACCCAGCCCUAAAGGAGGAGAUGGUAGCUGGUUUACACUGCAUACAGCAUUACCAUGGCAACGGACACUGACAGUGUCCCCAUGGCAAUCGAUUCCGCGUCACCACGGUAACUGACUUUCCAGCAGGAGUGCUUUGAUUGUCGGUGAACAAUUAAUGGUGCUACGCUCCCAUUGCUGCGGCCUGCAGGCCCCUCUGUCGUAGAAAUCCCAUCGCGUUUGACAGACAAUACUUCGGUUACUUAGUUUGAUGGUCGACUAAAGUCUUCUGUAGUACAUGUACUUCAAAACCUCAGAGAGGUGUGAAGGAGUGAGUGAGCGUGUUUGAAGUGUAGCACAACCAGGUCAAAAAGAGAGGUUUCUCCAGUUAGUGUGUGUGAGUGUGUGAGAGAGAGAGAGAGAGAGAGUGUGUGUGUGUGUGUGUGUGUUGUAUGUGUUGUGUGGAAAGGUUCUUCCAGGCAUGAAACCGUUUUUUGUUUUUUUUUGGGACCAGGUGGAGUUGUAGUUAACAGCAACCGUAGGAAUCAGCUGUUUGCACACAGAGUUCUCGAGUCUACUUUCGCUGCUAGUUUGUGUAAUUUAUCAAGCAUUUUUGAGAAAUAUUUAUUUUUAUAAGCCUAAUACAAAAGUUGAUAUUUUACAAAGUGACUUGACCAAAAGACAGUAAACAAAAACACUGGCACUUGAAUGUUGAAUGUCAUUGGUAUGAGUGAAAAUUUCUAUUUUUCUGGGGUAGUGUGAGCUUUUUAAUGUUAAAGACGCAACGUGUAGGGAUUUCUCCUAAAAUAUGUCGCCGCAGCAACCUGUGAUUAUGUGCGAACGCAAAAAGGUUUUAAGCAUCCAAAGUCUGUUAUCGGUGCCAAAACUGAUUUGAAUCAUGUUUUUCAGAAAUCCCCAAAACACUGAUUCUCCGUUUACGGCCAAUACAAAGCAACCCAUGCUGCGUAAACCAGUUGUGUAGAACCAGACCCCGUUACCAGAACAGUGGAGUGGUACUUCUCCGAGACAGUACUCCUCCUAUUCCUUCCUUGUCCUUACCAGUAGAAGUAUAUUGUUUAAAAGUAGCAUGCAACGUGUACUUCCCACUUGCACAAAGAAUACUUUACCCCUCUGUGUCCGUUACAACUAUAACAUAAGAGAAGAUAAUCCUUUAUAAGUCCCACUGGGGACAUUUGCAAUAUGUAAAGAUGUGAAGCCCUGACAGUUCGUGGCUGUUGAUGCGUUCGACAUAUAAGGAGAAACGUCCUACACGGGUUACCUUUAAAGUCACAUUGGACUCAGUAUCAGAUCCACAAACCUGUUUGUGCGACAGGUUCCAUUGCCAACAAUGAUAAUCAACCAUAAACAGCCAUUUUUAAUUGGCAGACAAAAUUUGAGACAAUACCACCAUAUAUGCCAAGGUUUGGAUUAAAAAUAAAUAAAAAAUUUAACAAAACGUUAUGAUCAAAGACCAUUUUGUAAAAAAAAAAAACAUGCAGUACAAAAAACAAGUGUCCAGAUUCUCUCCAAGUCAGAUGUUUUUUUUUUGUUUUGUUUUGUUCAUUUGAGUCUUUACACUUUUCCUUCCCGUUAAUACCCUUGUUGUGAAUGUCUGGCAAGUGGUGAUCUUUAAAAGUCUUCAUAACACAGAAUUAACUGUGGUUCUAUUGCUAUGUUGUUGUGAUUUGCAUAUUUUCAGGCGUCAGUGUGUUGAUGCUCAUGUGUGGGAGCUUCUGGCCAAUCAGAAAUGGGGGAAAAUAUGACCUGACUUCCAUCCAGGUGUCUUUUACAUACAGAGUUUUUAUUGAAACCUGUACCAUAGAACAGGACAUUGCAGUUAUACAGGGACAAAUCUAUUGUCCAUUAACCGUAGCCUCAAUGGACCAGAAUGCAAUGCGGCCUCAGCAAAGCCUCCAUCAUGACAGAGAUGGUGCGUGGUUGAAUUAUCACACGUUACCACCUUUUUGUAUGCACGUUAAAACAUUUAGCAACAAUAAGCUCAUGGCUUUUCUCUAGUUUAUGACCCCAAGGCAUUCUGGGGGGGAAAAAAAAGUGGGGACACCAAACAAAUGCAAUACUUUGCAGCUUUAUUUUACUUUCAAUUCAAUAAACUUUAGAGGGUUAUCACAAAAAAAGAAGUGUGUAGUUGUAUUUAGGAAUGAUUGCUGUUUAGGGACUGAAUUGAAAUGAGGUAAAGCCCAGUGUUGUUGUCGCCAUUACCGACUGGCCAGACCCCUCAGUGUGAGCACACAGCACCUCCAGCCUGGUAGUUAGUAUUUGCUUUAUGUAUUAGUUUAGCAGUUGUGCACGAAGAGGAGCACUGCACGAAUAAAAGAAGAAAAAAAAGAAGUGCAUCUAUUCUGAUUUUACCACAAAUAAAGGUUUGGAUUUGCAAAUGUAAA